ACAAGGCGCAAAAGCGCCAAAGUUCGGAUCGUACGCAUGCGCACUCCCUCUCGAGGAGCAAUAGCAGCGCCGUCAGAAAGAGAGGCGGCUUCUGAUUCGUUGGCAAAGUUUGGCGCGCGGGUAAACGUUUCCAGGGGCUGCGCCGGUGGUUGGGGUCGUGACCCCGGAAGUGCUGUGUGUCGGCUGCUGUGAGAGGGGAGGAAAGCAGCAGUCGGAGGCGGACAUGGCAAGCUAGGCGGCUGCGGUGCCGGAACAUUUCCCCCUCUACAAUGGCCUCUCCUUUUACUGGUCCCACAGCAGUUCCUGAUGUAAUUAAAGAUCUAGAUACUCAAAUAGCUCUGAUUGGCUUGGGCCCUCAUACUCCCAAGAAGAAGCAAGACCUUGACAAACUCUAUGACCUGAAAGCUAAAGCCCAGCAGAUUAUGAACCAGUUUGGUCCAUCUACCUUGAUUAAUUUAUCCAGUUUCUCCUCGAUCAAGCCAGAGCCCGCUAGUACUCCCCCGCAUAGCUCCAUGGCAAACAAUACCACUGUGGCAAAGAUGCCUGGGACUCCUAGCAGCGGGGGGCGUCUCAGCCCUGAAAGCAACCAGAUAUUAACCAAGAAGAAACUGCAGGAUCUUGUCCGAGAGGUGGAUCCAAAUGAGCAACUGGAUGAAGAUGUAGAGGAGAUGCUGCUGCAGAUUGCGGAUGACUUUAUUGAAAGCGUAGUGACAGCUGCCUGCCAACUUGCGCGGCACCGCAAGUCCAACACCCUGGAAGUGAAAGAUGUCCAGUUGCACCUCGAGCGCCAGUGGAAUAUGUGGAUCCCUGGUUUUGGUUCUGAAGAAAUCAGGCCAUAUAAGAAAGCCUGCACCACCGAAGCUCAUAAACAGAGGAUGGCACUGAUACGCAAGACAACCAAGAAAUAAUGCCUGGGAAAGGCAGGGAGAUAAAAAUGGCUCUUCUGGGACUUGAAAAAAGAAAUCUGCUUCGAGAUGCAGCAUCUCCACGACAUGGGAUGGUUUAUGCUUUACAGAGAAGCAUCUAUUUAAUAGUGCAGCAACAUCUGACUUGGAGGGGAGAUCUGCCCAAAACCAUUAGCCUUGUCUGCCUCUUCCCCAAAGAACACCAGUGUCUCUUGAAACACCCAACUUUUUUUUUCUGCGUUCAAAAGCUGUUUAUGGUGUCCUGGAUUUUCGAAGGGACAAAUAAUCUUUGUAUUUGGGGGAACAGUAUUAGAAGCAGCUAUAGAUGUUUUCGUUUAUCUUUAACUCUUUGUAAUGUCAAUGUUUGGAUUUGUUUUAUGAGUAAAGCGAUUAUGAAUCUAAAAUCAGGUUACAGUAUUGGCACCAAUUGUGGAAAAACACAUUACUUAGGGCAUCAGGCUGGAGCAAGCAACGAGGCCUCUCUUCGUAAUUGUUUUCAAAACAAACGUAUUUUGAGGCUGAACAUCCAGCAGCAAGGAAGUUGAAUCUCUUGUUUUGUAUUACAGCAGCUUUGAUCUCAAAGGAUCUAAUUUUAAUAAGGCAUAGGGUAAAAGGCCUGCUAGGAUGAUAGUUCAGUUCCUAACACACACCCUUUUAAUCAGCAGCUUCUGUUUACUGGCAAAGAAAUCAGAUCAAGGCUGUAUGGAUGUUGUGGGCCAUCAACACUUUGUGACUUGUUCAUCUCCCCUGUAACAGGGUGGGAAAUGGUUUCAAACAGUCCACCAACCUUCUCUCUCAGUGUUUGAUCUCAAAUCAGAAGUACACUCAAGUGUAAAAAUAGGGUUAGAAAACCGCUGCCUCAGAUUUUCAUAUAGCUGGGAAGCUGUUCAGCAUUUUGAAUUCCUUUUCCCCCCUGCACACACAUCCUCAGACUUUCCUUUCGUGCUUCACCCUCCCAGGGCUGCCCUAUGAAUGAUCAGAGAUGAUGGGGAAAGAUGCUCAGCUGCUGAAUGACUGGUUUUUACAUCUUCUGUAGCUGAGGUUCUGUUGUGGGUGAGCUCUGCCUUCUGCCUUCCAGUGGCAGCUGCAACAGGCCUGAGAGUUUGUUUCUUUUUUUUCAUGCAAGUUCUCCAUUAGUUGAAUCUACGGUAAUAAAUGUACUAGCAUGCUG